AUGGCGUCUCACCGAAAGAAGCAGAGCGACAUCGACUCGCUGAAUCGCUUCUGGAAGUCUCAUUCCUGGACGACUCCGCUCUCCCUCCUCGUGGCCGUCCUACUCGCAACGCCAUCCCCGGUACUCCGACGAUUCGUCUUCCUUUCCUACAAGGAUGGGGAAGACGAUCUGUAUGGAAAAGGAGCGUGGGAUCUCGCCUUUGUUGCCUUCUACACGCUCGUCCUCUCCGUGACCCGCGAGCUGGUCAUGCAGGAGAUCCUCCUCCCCCUGGCGCGGACCUGGGGCCUGCGCUCACGCCGCAAACAACAACGCUUCAUGGAACAAGCAUACACGGUGGUAUAUUUCGGGAUCCUGGGUCCCGUGGGGGUAUAUGUGAUGCGCUCGACGCCCGUGUGGUACUUCAACACUCGGGGAAUGUACGAGCUGUAUCCGCACCGGAUGCACUCGGCGGCCGUGAAGGGGUAUUACCUCCUCCAGGCGGCGUAUUGGGCGCAACAGGCUCUGGUGAUGGUUUUGGGCCUGGAGAGACCGAGAAGAGACUAUGCAGAGCUGGUGGGACACCAUCUCGUCACGCUGGCCUUGAUUGCGCUCAGCUAUAGGUUUCAUUUCGUCUAUAUCGGUCUGGCGGUUUAUCUGACGCAUGAUAUUAGUGAUUUUUUUCUUGCAAUGUCAAAAUGUAUGCUGUAUGUCAACAGUAUUGCCGCCCCCCCCAUGUACCUCUUCACGCUUCUCUCCUGGAUAUACCUCCGGAACUACCAGAACCUGCGCAUCCUGGUGUCGCUGGUCACCGAGUUCCGCACGGUAGGCCCCUACACGCUCGACUGGGCGGCCGAGCAGUAUAAAUGCGGGCUGUCGAAUGCCGUCACGCUGGUCUUGCUGUCUGCCCUGCAGGGGCUGAAUCUCUUCUGGCUGGCGGCCUUGUUGCGAAAUCUGUACCGUUAUGUGGUGUACCGUGUUGCCAAAGAUGAUCGAUCUGAUGAUGAAUAA